UUUUAUGUUAAUUAUUUAUUUAAUGCUUCGAUGGCAAAAGUUAAUAUAAAAUCUUGGGCUUUACAAACCUCAAGGCGCAUUACGUUUCAGCCAGUAUCGCGUUCAGCUAGACUGAGAACAAUAUUAAAGAAAAUGAAAAAAAACGUAUUCCUACUUAUUGCGUUAUGUGUCUUCUUUCGUUGGAUAAACGCUUCGACAGAUACGCAAGCAGCUCCAUCUGCUGCGACUCUAUCGUUGAAAGGUGCUGAUGAAAAUCAGCAAGCUAGUCAGGAUCAUAAUGACACCUUUGAGAAGAUUACAAACUUUGACAAUGAAAAUGAAAGGGUUCCCGAUAAGGCCGACACAGGCGCAGGUAUCGAAGAUGCUGAGCUAAGGAAAAAUCCAGAUAUUCAUAAAACAGUUUCUGAUUGCGAAAAAACCGAUCCUUCUCAGUGCGUCGUUACUAAUCAAGAAAACCAAAUCGUUAACACUGCGAAGGUUACUAAACCUGCUAAGCAACAACGACUUUCUAGAUAUCUAAUAGCCUUUCAUAGACAAAAUCAACAGAUAAAUGUUCUUCCAGCGGACGACGACAAUAAAGAAACUGUUACUGUGCGGAAGGCUGAGGAAGGGCGUGCAUUACGUCAGCGACAACGUAGUCGUCGUCGUAAUGCCAAAAACAAAACUACACGGCUUAACGAUAAUAAUAAAACCAUCACGAGCGGUAAGAGAGCAGCACCGAAAAAACAUUCAAAUCUAAAAAGUUCCGCUAAAUCGUCGAAUGUUAAAAAAUUUAAAUCAAAAAACAGUACAAAAAGUCAUCGUAAAAUCUCCAGAAGCGCUAAAAACAAGCAGCCAAACAAAGCUCGAGAUUAUAAAAUGAAAUCAAGCACUAAAACUAACAACAAAAAUGGAUUAAAACGUGCAUCGCCUGGAAAACGAAAUUUGAAAAAUAAUAACCAAAACACUGGUAGAGGUAGCAUUCAGGAGAGAAAAAAUGAUGGACAUUAUGCGAAAAAAGACGAUUUUGCUCCCGUUGUAUACAUGGUGCCCGUUUAACCUGAACAAUUUACAUUAACAUAACAUAGUUU